AUGCCCAGCAGAUAUUCAUAUUCUCAACUGAAGAAGAUCACCAACAAUUUUGCAGAUAAAUUGGGUGAAGGCGCUUUUGGUGUGGUUUACAAAGGAAAGCUCUCUAGCGGUACUAUGGUGGCUGUAAAAAUUCUGGAUCAGUCGAGACACAGUGAGAGCCAGUUCAUGAACGAAGUUGCAACUGUCGGAAGGAUCCAUCACGUUAAUUUGGUUCGACUGAUGGGCUAUUGCUUCAAAGAAGCUAGAAGAGCACUUGUCUAUGAGGACGUCGUGAAUGGGUGUAUGGAGAAGUUUAUAUUUGCAGAAAAAGGAAAAGAACAGAUUGUCAAUUGGGACCAGUUGUAUUCAAUUGCUUUGGGCGCAGCUUGUGGGAUUGCGUAUUUACACCAAGACUGCAACAGAUGCAUCAUCCAUUUCGACAUUAAGCCUCACAAUAUACUCUUGGAUGCGGAGUUCAUAGCCAAAGUAGCUGAUUUUGGUCUGGCUAAGCUUUGUGGAAAGGGGGACAAUCACAUAUCACUUACGACAACGAGAGGAACCCCAGGGUACGUUGCGCCAGAGCUUUGGUACAGAAAUUUGGGUCCUGUAACGAACAAAUCAGAUGUUUACAGUUUUGGAAUGGUGUUAUAG